CGGGGUGACGUCACGGUCCCCACACAACAGAGAGAUGCGCACUGAGUUAUAAGACGAGGCGGUUGUUCAGUGCGGUAAAAAAAAAUUGGAAGAAAAGCAAUAAGCAAUAAAGAUCCUGUCGAAUAGGUUUUUUUUAAAGAGGAGUUGGACUUUCUGUUGAAAAGGCAUAUAAUUUCUCAUAAGGUGUCUCUGUUGUCUAGCAGAUGAAUUUUGAGCAGCCUCCUCCGUACCAGGCCCCUGGUUACCCUCAGCAGGGUUACCCUCAGCAGGGUUACCCUCAGCAGGGUUACCCCCAGCAGGGUUACCCCCAGCAGGGUUACCCCGUAAACAUGGAGCAACCUGGAGGAUUCCCUCCUCAAAACCCAGGCUACCCUGCUGGUCCCGGGGGACCUCCUGGACCCUAUCCCGGCCAGGGACAAGCAGGCCCCUACCAGGAGGGCUACCCUGGACAGCCCCAGUUUGGAUGGCAAGGAGGACCACCCCCAGGACCCAUGUAUGGAGAGGCACCUAAAAACACAGUGUACGUGGUGGAGGAGAGAAGGAGAGAUGAUUCAGGAGACACGUGUCUGACUGCCUGUUGGACGGCUCUCUGCUGCUGCUGCUUGUGGGACAUGCUCACAUAACCUCUGACCCCUGACAUUUACCCUUAUCUGCUUUGACCCUUACCCUUUACCUCCUAACCCUUAACCCAUAGUUCCUCUCAUCUGUAAUAGAAAACAAGUACUGGGAGAAAUAGAACACUAUGAGUAUCUGGGAAACCAGGCCUGGUAUUUAUAGCGGACUUUGAAAAGCCCUUUGAUAAAGUACAGCCAGAAUUUAUAUGUAAAUGCCUGGACCAUUUUAAUUUUGGAGAGUCUCUUAUAAGAUGGCUUAAAGUUAUGUAUAGUAACCCCAGGUGUAUUACAUUAUCAAGAGGAGUAAAUCAAGGUUGGCCAUAAUAAAUAGAUAUGCCCAUAGUGGACAUCAAAAUGUUAGCUGUUCAAAUCAGAUCCAACAAUAAUACCAAGGGGCUAGAAAUCUAGGGCUUAAAAACAAAGGUGUCGUUGUACGCUGAUCAUUCAUGGUUUCUUUUAAAUACGCAAUUUGGAUCCCUGCACAGCCUCCUAGAGGAUGUAGAACAUGUUUCUAACCUCUGGAUUACAACCAGAAUGAUGAUAAAUGCACCAUAUUACGUAUCGGAUCACUAAAAAAGACAACUUUUACAUGACCGUGUAGUUUACCAAUAAAAUGGUCUGACGAUGUAGUGGACAUACUUAGUAUACAUAUCCCAAAAGAAAGAAAUGAUCUCAAUACAAUAUGUAUUUAUAGAAAGUUAGCCAAAUUAGAUACCAUUUUGCUACCAUGGAAAGGACGACAUCUGUUUAUUUGUGGAAAAAUUGCCCUGAUUGAAUUCUUUUGUCAUAUCCCAGUUUACCUAUUUACUUAUGGCCCUGCUUACACCUAACGACUUGUUUAUUCAAUUAUAUGAGCAAAAGAAUUCCACCUUAUUUUGAAUGGCAAGCCGGAGAAAAUUCUCUAGCAGAUAAAAAAAAAAAAAAAUGUUUAAAAAUGUUAUACUCUUCGUAAAUUAUAUCAUAAAUAGGACUGGUGGAAUUAUGUCACAUACAGUUAACAAAAUAUGGAAAUGUUACAACCAACUGAUGGCAGCAUUGUGGAAAGGGGAGUAAGGAACGUGACUGUUGGCCCUGCAUUAAAGACCAAAAUUGGUUAAAGAAAAUUGUGGUACAUAAAAAGUACAACAGUUUUUAAUUUAAGGACCCAAAAAAUUGACAGCUGCACCAUAAAGGAUGAUAAAUAGUUGGGAGAUUUUCAAUGUACUGAUUCCAUGGUACCUGGUUUAUGAACUGAUACACAAAACAACACUGGAUUCUAAACAUAAGAGUUUUUCAAUUUAAAUUAUUAUCCACAAUUCUUGCAACCAACAUAAUGUCAUAUAUAUGGGGGAUACAACCAUCCCAGCUCUGCUGUGAAGAGACAGUCAUUAGAUCACUUGUUUUGGUACUGCCCUGAUGUAGCUUGUUUUUGGUCGGAGGUUCAGGAAUGGCAAAAGAAAUCGCACCAUUUACCUGGAGCUAACUGCAAAUAGCACUGCUGGGUGACUUGAAAAGUCGUAGUCAAUUGAUCAAUAAUGUAAUAAUACUCUUAGCACAAUUUGAAACAUUUAAUUUACAAUCUGUAGGAACUGAGAAUAUAAAGUUUCCGAGCUUUUGUGAAACAUCACAGUGGAAAUCUAUAUAUAGACGGGAGGGGUUGAGUGUAGCUGAAGGCUGGGAUGCUAAUGUAAAAUAUAUUGUCCAUAAACUGUAGAUAGUAUGUAUAGGCAGGAAGUAGAAGCCUAAGUAUCGUUGUCCAUUAGUUUACUUCAAUUAGGGGAGUUGUGGUAGGGUUAGGGGAAAAUAAGAAAGUUAUCCUAACCCCUAAGGUUUAACCCCUAACCCUGACCUACCUGUUACACUGUCCCUCCAUCUGGCCUUACUUCCUGUUAGUCCACCUCAAUCCUUCUCUCUCCCCCUAACUAUCAGCCUUACCCCUUGCACUCCUGCUUUCCUUCCCAAACGUCCAGCCUGGACCCCUGUGCCUCCUGAACAAUGGUAGCAUUAUAUUGAUAACCUCUAUGCUCCUACACCUGACCUCUGACCCCUCUGUAGCAGUUUAGCUACAAUACCUUCCCUAAAUCUCAGGCACUGUACUGUAGAUAUUGCUUCUUGUGGAACACAAAUUCAGUCUCAAACACCACACACACAAUAUGCACUCAUAUGUUCUACUGUAGACACACACACACACACACACACACACACACACACACACACACACACACACACACACACACCAUGCUCUCUCUCUCUCUCGCUCUCUCUCCUGGGCACUUUAACAUCUUACCUCUGUAAGGUACUUCUCCUCCCUCCCUCCAACCUCCCACACAAACCUCUAGUCAUACCACCCCAUAUUCCCUAAACCCUAUACCACCCUAACGAAUGACUCUACACCGUAUCUGUCAUGGCUACCUAGACCAUUGGAUGCCAGUAAGCUACAGUGGCCCUUGCCAACCCCCUGCCCCUGCUGUACCAUGCUGAAGCUUGAACUGUCCUCUCCGUUAUGUUUGCACAACAGCUACUGUGGUUUCCUGUUUGUCUUAGGAUGAAUCCUAUGAGCUGGUUUCCUGUUUGUCUUAGGAUGAAUCCUAUGAGCUGGUUUCCUGUUUGUCUUAGGGUGAAUCCUAUGAGCUGGCAUCGAAUGCAUUUUGUUAAAGACGAUGACGAUGAAUAUUUUAAUGUUUGAGUACAUGUAAUAUUGUUCAAUGCUUGCAAUGUUUUUCCCUGUUUAAUUUUUACAUCCUGGAUGAAUAUGAUUUGAUUGCUAUGUUAUUUUGAAUAUUCUCAUUCCUUGAAGGAGGGAACAUGAAACAUAAAAAAGUGAAUGUUUGUUAUGUAGAUGCCUUUGCCUGACAUGAGAAUCUUGCGUUAAGAAUAAAUUAUUCCCAAAAAGA